AUGAUUUCUACUGCGUGCAAUCUUGAGGCUGUCGAGCACUUGCGGUUGUUGUUUUUGAUUGAUGAGGCUCAAUGGCUCUUUGGUUGUAACAUUACAUCUAGACUUGAAAACGAUAACCUUGAAGACCUACAAGGAAGGCAACAGUUUGCGUACCAACGGAAGAGGAAGAAGAAGAAGAAGAAGAAGAAGAAGAAGAAGAAGAAGAAGAAGAAGAAGAAGAAGAAGAAGAAGACGAAACUUUCCUCUCUUUAA